ACUCACUCCACCAUUGCUAUUAUUCACUUGUCACCAAUCCAACCUUAACCAUGUCACUCCAUUCCAUCUUCGUCUUCAUAUUUUUACUCUCUCCCUUCUCCAUUCCUACUCCAGCUGACGCCAUUUCAUUUGUAUCACCAAUUCAAAAAGACAGUUCCACCCUCCUCUAUUCCCUCACUCUCUUCCUCAAAACCCCACUCCAACCCACGCGCCUCCACCUCGACCUCGGCGCCCCCUUUACUUGGGUGGCCUGCGACUCCGGCUAUAGUUCCUCCACUUACCAACACAUUCCCUGCUUAACCCCUCUCUGCGAUUCCCUCGGUCACAAUCUCCCCUGCUCCAUCUGUUUCAACACUCCAAGCCCCUCCUGCGCCAACAGCACCUGCUCCCUUUUCCCCGAAAACUCCGUCACUCGGAAAACCGCCAUCUCCACGGCCUUAUCCGACUCCCUCGCGUUGCCCACCUCAGACGGAUCGACUCAAGGCCCACCGAUCCUCCUUUCAAGUUACAUUUUCUCGUGCUCUCCCACUUCACUUCUCGAGGGCCUAGCUAACAACGUGACUGGACUGGCGGCGUUCGGGAGGUCGAAUUAUUCGCUCCCGGCGCAGGUUAGCAACACCUUCUCUGUGCCUCGUUGUUUUGCGCUGUGUCUUCCCGGGUCCACGUCGGGUCCUGGCGUGGCUCUCAUCGGGUCCGUCGGGCCUUACUAUUUCUCCCCUCAAAAGAUCGACCUAUCCAAAUCACUCGUUUACACUCCCCUUGUCUUGAACCCCGUCGGGAGCACCGUUGUACCCUACACCGGAGAACCGUCCGAUGAGUAUUACAUCAACGUGACUGCCAUCAACGUCAACGGCAAACCCAUUCAGAUCAAUUCAUCGUUAUUAACCGUCGAUGAGAACGGAUUCGGCGGGACAAAGCUAAGCACUGCGGCGCCCUACACUAUUUUGGAAACAUCCAUUUACAAUGCACUAACCGAGGCGUUCGUGAACGAAUCGUUGGCGUUGAACCUCACGGUAACCAAUGCAGUGAAACCGUUCAGCGUAUGUUAUCUCGAGGCUGAUAUCAUCGUAACACGCGUGGGACCGGGCGUCCCGACCGUCGAUUUCGUGAUGCAAAGCGAGGACGUGUUUUUGAGGGUGUUUGGGUCGAAUUCAAUGGUGAGGAUCGCGGGAGACGGUGGGGAUGUUUGGUGCUUAGGAUUCGUGGAUGGUGGGGUCAACCCGAGAACUUCGGUGGUUAUGGGCGGACAUCAGAUGGAGGAUAAUUUGCUACAGUUUGAUCUCGACAACAACAGAUUAGGCUUCACUUCUUCUGUUCUGCUAAAGGGUACCACGUGCUCUAAUUUCAACUUCGCUUCAGAAGGAUAAUUUGCACUUUUUUUCCGGAUCAAUUAUGUUUUUUUUCAGUAU